AUGAGCGGAACUACCUCCAUGCUGAAUGGACCGUACGCAUUCACCAAUUAUCGUCUUAUUUCACUGUAUCGUUUAAACUACUUUCGACUUUUCGUGGGAAUUUUUUCAACCUUAGAAUUCACUCCAAUUAAAACACCAUCCGUUCUACAGUGGAGGUCAAAGCGCAACACCACGAAACAGUCCAAGAUUAUGACCAGUAGUGAAUCAUGUAAUGGUCACAUACUGGUUGGUUUUAUCGCUAAGAUUGGUCGCAUCGUAGUGAGAGGAUCCAGGAAGACAUCCCUCUCGAAUCGGUUGACCCAGCACUUUGCAAUGCACACAUUUUCAGCAGUUCAGGCAUCUCAUUUCAGUCAGCUUUGCUUUCGGCCUUGUCGAAGUCAGCUAAUUUUAACCACCAAUGAUGGAAAGGCAACAGGCAACCGAAAAGCCAAUCAGUGA